GAAACAACAUCCGGUUUAACCUUGAUAACGUUAGAAUUCUGAGAAGGUAUAUCCAGUUUGUGAAGGUAUCUGGGAUUGAUCCUUGUAGAGAUGGACUGCCGUGUUUUGUUACUGAGUUUCGUUCUCGCUUUGUUUGUGGUCGAGGCAGAGAGUGGAGGGCAUGUCUCUGUUGUCUUUAAGCGAUACCGGAAUCCGACCCGGCGAAGAUAUGACGGGCACUGCUGUGAGCACGUCUUUUGGAGUCGCUGUGGUACAUGUGACACAUACCUCAAGAUCUGUUUGACUGACUUUGCUAAUCCACGAUCCAUAAAGCAUUGCCCGCUUGGCAGUGUUCGCACGAAGAGGCUGGGGCGAGAUGACUUUCGCUUUCAUUUGAGGAUCACACGCGCUUUUACAAGAUUCAAGGGGAAUAUUGGUCUGUAUGUGGAAUCAUGGGACCACGAUACGUUCACUGCAGAUGACUUAGUUGACAAACUUUCCCUCACGCUCCACCUGACGCGACCAGACCCAAACAACCACGUGACCUCACUAUACCGGCGUACGCUUCAAGGUCGUCGAGCCUCGCUUUCAGCAGAACUCAACGUGUACUGCGAUCCUCACUACUAUGGUACAGCAUGCGCGACCUACUGCCGCGCUAGAGACGAUCAGUACGGGCACUACACUUGUAAUCUCCACGGAGAGAAGGUCUGUCGCCCAACGUGGCACGGCGCGAACUGUCUUGCGCGCUGCGUGGAGUACGAUGAUAGCGCGCGCGGGCACUCGAAGUGUGACGCAAACGGGCGGAGGGUCUGCAGGGAGGGGUGGUACGGGAAGAAUUGCCUGAAGUACUGUAUGGAGAGGGAUGAUCACCAAGGACAUUACACGUGUGAUAUGAUGGGGGAGAAAGUUUGCAGGGAGGGGUGGUACGGGGAUGAUUGCCGCAUCCACUGCGUGCCGACCGAGAGCGAUGUCCAGGGGCAUUACAGCUGUGAUGGGGCUGGCAGGAGGGUUUGCAAUGAUGGUUGGCAUGGCGACAAGUGCUCGGUCUACUGCAAGGAGACUGAUGACGAGCGUGGGCAUUAUACCUGUGGGGUCAAAGGUCAACGGGUGUGUCACGUGGGUUGGGCCCUUCCUAACUGUAAGACGUGUGCUCAAGGGUACAACCCACCGAACUGCACCGCACCCUGUGUACCCGCCAACAACAGCACCCAAGGACACUACACCUGCGACAAACAAGACAACAAGAAGUGUCGCAUGUGGUGGCACGGCGUUAACUGCACAACCUACUGUGUCCCCCACAUGGACCCCGUCCAUGGCCACUACACCUGUGACAGCCACGGCAACAAGACCUGCCACCCCGGGUGGUACGGGGACAGUUGUUCCAAGAAGUGUGAGGACGCUAGUACAGAGUUAUCAUGCCAGGGGUUAAAGCAAUGCAAGCCAGGCUUCGCGAGGCCCGACUGCACCGAGUGUGAACCUGGGUUCUUCGGUGUGAAUUGUUCUAAAAGUUGUUUGGUGGGGAAGCUUGGAAAUGUCGUGUGUGGUGCAUCGGGAGAGAGGAAGUGUAGAAAGUGGUGGUAUGGUGUUGACUGUGAUGUGUAUUGUGUUCCGCACGAUGAUGACACUAAUGGUCAUUUCACAUGUGAUUCUAACGGGAGCUGGCGGUGUAUAUUGGGAUGGGCGGUGCCAGAGUGUAAGUUAAAGGAGUCUCACAAAGCUAUGGCUCGUGAGGCAGAUGUAGGGCUGUUUAGUGUCAAUUAGAGUAACCAAAGGGAAACAGUCCUUGAGACUCUUUAAAGAAGGACCCGCGGUAUAAAAGGCGCGGACCUGCUCCAAGUCAAGUGCAGAGCUCCGUAAAUGUCGAAAAAGCAGAGCUAUAGAUUAACUUUGAUAUUUUCGAAGUUGAAAGUAAUGUUCUUUAUACACAAGGCAAUAACGGCGAGCUUCUUGGGAGCAGUUUUCUACGGCAAAAAAUUGUGAUUGAAACUUUAAUUCAAAAACAGCGCGCGCUCGUUUGAAAUGACGCUAUUCUUCAGCGCGCGCGUGAAAUAACGAAACCUGAAACCUUAUUUGGUUUAAAAUCGCUCCAUUCUCUAUUUCUUAUCUGUCCAGUCACCAGAGAAGAUCGGAAAUAUAGUUGUCUUUGCACCAUUGAUGUUCAAGACAUUAUUUCGAACUUGAUCAUAUCUCUUUUGCUUCUUUUAAUGGAGCUCUGCUCUCAAAGUCUAGUGGGAAUGACGACUUGGACCUGGCGCGCGCCUUUUAUACCGCGGGUCCUUGUUUAAAUUAGCUGACGAUAACCAUUUACCCAUAGUUUAUAACUAGAGUUCACCAGGGACCAAGAAGAUAGGAAGUUAAGUACAAUACCAUGGUGGGAUCUUUACCUGGGAAGAGUUUUCAGCCCCUACCCAAAAUUGUUUUGAGUUUCUUGAUAGGUUAAUUGUGUAGAUAAGUGAUUAUGUUGUUAGGGGAUUGGUUUGACAAAAAUUACCAAUUUAGAUUCAGCGUAAUAGAGUAGACUCUCAGCUAAUGCAUACACCUUUUUGACAUACAUUGGUAAAACAAUUUAUAGCAGACACCUUUUAUACCCUAAAUUGUUCGGUUACGAGGGAAAAGUCUAUAUUCCUUUUUAGGUUACAGAAUAAGAAUAUAAGUAUUUGAGGUUUUUUAAGGUUUUAUCCCAGUAUGUUAGGGGCAAUAUUGGAAUUGCAUUAAAUAAAACAGCGUUUCUGUAAA